AUGGCUGCGGCAGCUGUUCGUCUCCCUGAUGCCCAUGGCUCCUUGCCAGCAGAAAAGCACAAGGUCCCGGUCACCGAAGGCCCUCACCAUGUCCAGACCACACUUACUUUCAACUUGGAGAACGAAGACGGUUCCCCCCAAGCCCCAAUUCACAUUGGAAAGCCUGAAACAUACUUUCGGCCAACCAUCGAUGUCCCCGCCACCAUUCAGGAUGUCAGUGGCCAUGAGCUGGACUACAGCUUGGACAGCCAUGGAUUUCAGUACCACUACCAUGAGAGCAAACUGAAGGACAGAGACUUCCUCAACGAAGAGGAGAUCAAAAAUGUCUACUACCCAGAGACAGAACAAUUGCUUAAGGACGUUACCGGGUGUUCUCGGCUCUAUAUUUUCGACCAUACUAUCCGCCGAGCUGCAACAGAUUGGGUUACUGGAGACCAGCCCCGCGGUCCCAUCCAAACCGUCCACAUUGACGCAUCUUACAAGGGUGCUGAGGACCGAGUCCUCUUUCACUUCCCAGACGAGGCACCAGAGCUCCUCAAGAGUCGCUACCAGAUGAUCAGUAUCUGGCGUCCAAUCCGUACGAUCUUGAAGGACCCACUGGCGGUCGCGGAUUCACACUCGACUCCAGAGAGCUGUCUUGUCCCUAUCACGUUCGUUUUUCCAGAACGAGUGAGUGGCGCAUGGAACGUCACGCCGCAUCCGAAUAUGAAAUGGUACUUUCGCUAUAAACAGACUCCCGAUAUGGUGACUUUCAUCAAGCUUUUCGAUUCCAAACUUGAUGGCCGGGCGAGACGGGUACCCCAUGCUGCUUUUGUUGAUCCAUCGACGGCACAUGAGGCACCCAGGGAAAGUAUUGAGUUGAGAGCUUUGGUUUUCCAUCCAGAGGAUCGUGAUUGA